GUUCAACUGUCAGUCUUAGGGACCGGAGGGUUGUCAUGUCCUGUGAUCAAUCUGUCACCGACAGUGAGUAGGGUCGUCUCGGACUCCGCUCAUGCGCAAGGUUUAUAACGCGGUCCCGCGAUCCGUCAGCUUCGCAUCUAUGGGAUUGAAAAUGUUGAUCAAAGUCAACCUACUGGCCAUUUCGCAGGCUUUGCUUGCGCUAGAAGCAUUGGCGACGCCCAUCGUCGACUUGGGUUAUGCUCAGUACCAGGGCUCAGUGGACACAGUCACAAACACUACCAGCUUCCUUGGAAUACGGUAUGCAGCUCCUCCGCUUGGCGAGUUGAGAUGGGCAGCCCCGCAGCCUCCACCGACCAUGUCAGGCAUUCAGCAAGCUACCACGCAACCAAAUGAAUGUUAUCAAGCACCCCUGGGCAACGCUUCAACAAAUCCUUUCGAAAACACCUCUCUGAGCAAGAGAGAUGUCAGCCAGUCAGAAGAUUGCUUAUUUUUGAACGUAUACACUCCUGGAAGUCAAGUGGUGGCCACUGCGUCGGGUGGGCUCCCAGUAAUCGUGUAUAUUCACGGAGGAGGGUAUAUUUUAGGAGCUGCGAGUUUAUACAAUGGUGCAGAGCUGAUUGUGGAGUCGAACUACGGUGUCAUCACCGUCGUGCUCCAAUACCGCCUCGGUUUGUUCGGUUUUCUGGCUGGAGAAGCAGUCAAAGAAGGGGGUGCGCCCAACGCUGGACUACUCGAUCAGAAUUAUGCUUUCCAGUGGGUCCAGGCACAUAUAAGUAGCUUCGGUGGCGACCCUACGAAGGUCACGAUUUGGGGACAGUCUGCCGGCGCCGGUUCUGUGAUACAGCAUGUUGUUGCUCACGGAGGAAACACGCAGCCUCCCCUCUUCCGAGCUGUCAUGACGAGUUCCACGUUCUUGAACUCACAAUACAACUAUAACGACCGAAUUCCGGAGAUGCUGUACAGUAUGGUUGUGGACGGAACAAACUGUGGCUCAAAUUCGGAUACCCUCUCUUGUGUGCGAGCUGCAGACGUUAAUACGCUGCAAACUUUGAACUCGAACAUCAACCUCGGCGGCUAUUAUGGCAUGCUCACAUUCGUCCCUGUUGUAGAUGGCACUUUCAUCGUGGAAAGGCCGACCGUAACGCUCGGCAAGGGUCGUCUGAAUGGUAACUUCCUUCUUGCGGUAGUGAAUACGCAUGAGGGCAACAUUAUUGUGGACCAAUCAAUAACAUUAAAUGUUACUGAUUAUAUCAGCACGAUUUACCCGAACUUUGGUCCCGCUCAGAUUACUGGAGCAGCGACGUUGUACCAGAACCUGGGAAGCAACGUCGAUCAGGCAAAUCUCGUGAUGGGUGAAUCAAUGUUCGUCUGCCCCACUUAUUAUAUGCUCAAAGCAUUCGGAGAACGAGCGUGGAAGGGCACAUUUGCCAUUCCACCUGGUCUGCAUGGAAUUGAUGUCGGAGAGUACUACACUUCGUAUUUGACUGGUCCUAUAUACAAUAAUUCUCAGUUCAUCACCGCGUUUUCGAAUUCCUUCAUGGCUAUGGCCAUAUAUGAGACUCCUAACCACCGAUACACCCCAGGGGAUAUUACGCCUUCCUGGAAGAAAUGGCGACAACAUUUCACAGAAAUGAUCUUUAACAAGACUUCCGAGGGAGUGCCUCACGUUUACACUUCCACAACCGACAUGGCCUUACUCGGACGUUGCGACUACUGGCGAAACGUGUCGGCGUAUUCGGCGCAGUGAACGGGAGUGAAGCUCUGCUAUCUGCUAUCUAGGUUACAUACUUAAUUCGUAUUGCUUCUAGCGCUGGUGGCCAGGCGCGUGAGCAGAGUGACAAACCAUCGCCAC